AUGAAGGAUCAGAACUCCUUCCUGGCUCACUCCGGGACUGAGGCCCCUGACAAAGAGCUGCAAGCAAUAAAGAUCCAAGCCUGGUGGCGGGGUGCCCUGGUGCGCAGGACGCUGCUGCACGCGGCGCUCAGAGCGUGUAUCAUUCAGUGGUGGUGGAAGCAGAAGCUGGCAGAGCUGCUGGAGAACAAGCAGUGGGCUGCGCUGCAGCAGAACACAUGGCAAAACUGGGCAGUGGUCAAGCUACAGUCCUAUGUCCGCAUGUGGCGCAUACGCCUCCGUUACUGCCGUUUGCUCAACGCUGUUCGCAUCAUCCAGAAAGAUGGCCAUUUAAUUUUAAUUGUAAUUGAGGAUUCGGAAGAAAUAACUGCAUGGAAGAUGAAGAAGCAGAGGCAGCUGUCCAAAAAAAAGAAAGCUUUAAAAGAGAGAAUAAAAGCAGCCACGAAGAUCCAGGCCUGGUGGCGAGGCACCCUGGUGCGCCGGACCUUGUUGCAUGCGGCCCUCAGGGCCUGGGUCAUUCAGUGCUGGUGGAGAAUGACACUGGACAGGCAGCUGCAGAAGAAGCGGAGGGCAGCCCUGAUCACCUACGCACACGCCGAGAGGGCGGUGGUCAAGCUCCAGUCUUUGGUCCGUAUGUGGCGCGUCCACUGGCGAUACUGCCAGGUGCUCAACGCCAUCUACAUCAUCCAGUGCCACUGGCAAUGCCACAACUGCCAGACCUGUGCUCUCCUCAGGGGCCACUGUGUGGUCACAGCCACUCACCUGCAGUUCCACAUUGAGAUCAUCAACCCCUGAGGGAGGGCAAGAAGGGGCACUGUG